AUGCAUCCUCCAGCAGCAAGACAGACUCCCCAGAAGGGCCAAGAGAAUUCGCCAAUGGAUCUCGCACUCCACAACUCCGACGUCCUCGCAUCAACGCAAACACCACAAACACACCAAAACCACGACCCACAAUCCGACACGGAAUUGGAGCCAUCAUUAUGUGAAGAACCACAAGACGACGAACUGCCCGACCCCCUACCGUUGAUGCACUUCCCCCACUGCCGCCUCGAGAUCAGCACCUUCCCCACUCCCAACGGGCCCGGCAAGCUCGAGCAGAUCGCCCUCCCCGGCUCUCUGGUGCGCACCCUCCUCUCGCGCUUCGAGACCGACCUCCAACAACACCAAGAAGAAGAAUACCAAUACCAACAACAACGACAACAAUACCGCCGCACACCCUCACCAUCACCAGCAACAUCAAAACCCCACUCCCCACCGUCACCACAAACCACAACAACAACAACAACAGCCACCCCCACAGCGCCCCGCCCCAUCCGCAUCCAGCCGCACUUUGACGACGCCGCCGACUGGGUCUUCUCGCGCUGCCUGCUCGCCGACUUCACUGGCUUCCGCGAGGACGAGGCCGAGGCCCUGUCCACGGCCGCCGGCGCCGGCCGCUUGUGCUGCUGGGCGAGCGUGGUGCUGUCGCCGCCAAGGCGGAGGCGGAGUGCGGGGGUCGGUGGUGGUGGUGGUGGUAGUAUGGGGUUCGGGGGGAUGUUUGGGGAGGAUGAGGAGGGGGAUGAGGAUGAGUUGGUGGAGGAGGAGGAGGGUUUGCGGGGGCUACAGGGCGGGGAGAGUGGUGCGGAGGGUGAGGACGAGGGCAGGUGGGAGCUUGAAUUCGUGGUGCAGCGCGUGGGCGUCCGCGACCCCGGCAGCGGGUGGUUCUUGGAAGCUCUCGAGACUCUGUAUCAAACAAUUUGUGCAUCUCACACUGUCGUCGAUCCCCUGGGUGUGGCGGAUGCUUCGGUGCCGAGAACUCUCCGGCGCUUAUCUUUCUCGUCAGCAACCCAACGCUGCUGGUGA